UAGUGGCUGUGGUAACUAGUGACAACAAUCAUCCAUUCCGAAACUGAUGAGUCGAUUAGCCUAGAUUUUGUUUUACUACGUCUGAGUUCGUUGGUGAUCAAUACUUGACAAUGGCUGGGGAAAUGUCUAUGAUCGGUAAGUAAGAUUUAACCGUAACGUGUGCUUGUUGUUGUGUAACUAACCAGCUGUUUAACUUGCUAACUGUAACUAGCAAGUGGGCUGACAAGUUACCGGCGGUAGCUGGCUAGUUGCUACCUAAAUUACAGUAGUCAAUUAACGUUAGCUGGAAAGGUAAACAAAGUGUCAUAGCUGUCAACGCUGAAUUAAUAUGUAAAUAAGUAGGCUAUCGGUACCAGUUGUUAGUUAGCUAGCUAAAUGCGAGUUAGCUACGUAGUAAACAUCCAUCUUCCGUGUCGCAGGAUCGGUCAUUCUGGCUCUAUUUCUGGCUGGCUAUCUGGGCCAGCAGUAUCUGCCUCUACCGAAACCCAAAGUUAUCGGUCUAGAUCUGGGAACCACUUUCUGCUCCGUGGGAGUAUUCCACCCGGGUACCGGAGAUGUGGAGGUGAUAGGGGAUGAGGAGGGGCGGAAGACCAUCCCUAGUGCGGUGUCGUUCACCCCUACCGAAGUCCUCGCCGGUCACGAGGGUCAGGAUCUGGCCGACAGCAAUCCUGAAAACACAAUCUAUGAUGCCAAGCGGUUUAUUGGGAAGAUAUUCGAACAAGAGCUCCUUCAGCAGGAAAGUGCUCGCUAUCCAUUCAAGGUACGGUACAGUACAUACUCCUGUAGUUACUUUGACAGUCAAUACACCACAGUGGAAAGGAUUUAAUACAGCAUCAGUAUUUGGCUGCAUAAGCUAUGUGUGAUUACAGGUGUAUAAAUAUGCUAUAUCAAUGACUGCUGACUUUCAUUUGUAACAAUAUACCUUUCUUUCAGGUGAUAAACAACAAUGGCAGUGCAGAGUUCUUGGUCACCACCAACCAGACGUUCACUGUUACUCCCGAGUUCAUUGGUUCUCGGCUGCUACUGAAGUUGAGGAAGAUGGCGGAGCGUCACCUGGGUGUCCCCAUUCAGAGGGCUGUUAUCUCUGUCCCUGCAGAGUUUGAUGAGAGACAGAGGAACUACACCAUCAGGGCUGCCAACCUGGCCGGUCAGUCUCUACCUGGCAAUACUGUAUCAAGUCAUACAAUAUCUGAUUUGAUGUGUAAACAAAGCUACAGGAAAUACUUACUGUAUAGCUUUUUAGUAUAGUCUCAUUUAGAAACAGUCUAUCAUACAGGGAUUGACAUUAAGGGUUGCCCUGUUGCCUGGGGCAAGUAAACUGAUCAGUCAUGCAAGUUGAGCCUGCUCUGAGGUGUUUUUAUUGAUUUAUUUUUAAAAGAACCAAGCUGCAAAGAAUUCCUAGACUUAAACUGGUCUUUCUGGUUCAUCCACAUUGUGUAAGUGAAGGACAGAUAAUUUAUGGUGAGCUGAGCUUGCUCUGAUGUUUUUUUUUACUGAUAACAACCUAAAUACAAAGCAUUCGAUUACUUAUCUUUCUGAUUCCUCUCCUAUGUGUAGGUGAAAGGCAGGCAAUAUGACACUUCUGCUUGUAAAUAGCUAAUUUACAUUUUCUGAUGUACAACUUCCUUACAGACUUCAAUGUUAAUCCCUGAUAUAAUGAGGUGUUUGUUCUAAACCCAUAACUUACAUACAUACAGUACCGGUCCAAAGUUUUACAACACCUACUCAUUCAAGGGUUUUUCUUUAUUUUUACUAUUUUCUACAUUGUAGAAUAAUAAUGAAGACAUCAAAACUAUGAAAUAACACACAUGGAAUCAUCUAGUAACAGUGUUGAAACAAAUACAAAUCUAUUUUAUAUGAUAUUCUUCAAAUAGCAACCCUUUGCCUUAAUGACAGCUUUGCACACUCUUGGCAUUCUCUCAACCAGCUUCAUGAGGUAGUCACCUGGAAUGCAUUUCAAUUAACAGGUAUGCCUUCUUAAAAGUUAAUUUGUGGAAUUUCUUUCCUUAUUAAUGCGUUUCAGCCAAUCAGUUGUGUUGUGACAAGGUAGGGGGGUAUACAGAAGAUGGCCCUAUUUGAUAAAAGACCAAGUCCAUAUUAUGGCAAGAACAGCUCAAAUAAACAAAGAGAAACGACAGUCCAUCAUUACUUUUAAGACAUGAAUGUCAGUCAAUAUGGAACAUUUCAAAAACUUUGAACGUUUCUUCAAGCGCAAUGAUGAAACUGUCUCAUGAGGACCGCCACAGGAAUGGAAGACCCAGAAUUACCUCUGUUGCAGAGGAUAAGUUCAUUAGCGUUACCAGCCUCAGAUUGCAGCCCAAAUAAAUGCUUCACAGAGUUCAAGUAACAGACACAACUCAACAUCAACUGUUCAGAGGAGACUGUGUGAAUCAGGCCUUCAUGGUUGAAUUGCUGCAAAGAAACCACUACUAAAGGACACCAAUAAUAAGAAGAGACUUGCUUGGGCCAAGAAACACGAGCAGUGGACAUUAGACCGGUGGAAAUGUGUCAUUUGGUCUGGAGUCCAAAUUUGAGAUUUUUGGUUCCAACCGCCGUGUCUUUGUGAGACACGCGGUGUGGGUGAACGGAUGAUCUCCGCUUGUGUAGUUCCCACCGUAAUGCAUGGAGGAGGAGGUGUUAUGGUGUGUGGGUGCUUUGCUGGUGACACUGUCUGUGUUUUAUUUAGAAUUCAAGGCACACUUAACCAGCAUGGCUACCACAGCAUUCUGCAGCGAUACGCCAUCCCAUCUGGUUUGGGUAUAGUGGGACUAUCAUUUGUUUUUCAACAGGACAAUGACCCAACACACCUCCAGGCUGUGUAAGGGCUAUUUUACCAAGAAGGAGAGUGAUGGAGUGCUGCAUCAGAUGACCUGGCCUCCACAAUCCCCCGACCUCAACCCAAUUAAGAUGGUUUGGGAUGAGUCGGACCGCAGAGUGAAGGAAAAGCAGCCAACAAGUGCUCAGCAUAUGUGGGAACUCCUUCAAAACUGUUGUAAAAGCAUUCCAGGUGAAGCUGGUUGAGAGAAUGCCAAGAGUGUGCAAAGCUGUCAUUAAGGCAAAGGGUGGCUAUUUGAAGAAUCUAAAAUAUAACAUUUUGACUUAACACUUUUUUUUGGUUACUUCAUGAUUCCGUAUGUGUUAUUUCAUAGUUUUGAUGUCUUCACUAUUAUUCUACAAUGUAGAAAAUAGUAAAAAUAAAGAAAAACCCUUGAAUUAAUAGGUGUUCUAAAACUUUUGACCGGUAGUGUACAUACAGUGCAUUCGGAAAGUAUUCAGACCCUUGACUUUUUCCACAUUUUGUUACAUUACAGGCUUAUUCUAAAAUUGAUUAAAUACAACUUUUUCCUCAUCAAUCUACACACAAUACACCAUAAUGAUGAAGCGAAAACAGGUUUGUAUACAUUUUUGCAAAUUUAUAAAAAAAAUAAACUGAAAUAUCUUAUUUACAUAAGUAUUCAGAGACUUGAAAUUGAGCUCAGGUGCAUUCUGUUUCCAUUGAUCAUCCGUGAGAUAUUUCUACAACUUCAUUGGAGUCCACCUGUGGUAAAUUCGAUUGGACAUGAUUUGGAAAGGCACACACCUGUCUAUAAAAGGUUCCACAGUUGACAGUGCAUGUCAGAGCAAAAACCAAGCCAUGAGGUUGAAGGAAUUGUCCGUAGAGCUCCGAGACACAGGAUUGUGUUGGGGCACAGAUCUGGGGAAGGGUACUAAAAGAUUUCUGCAGCAUUGAAGGUCCCCAAGAACACAGUGGCCUCCAUCAUUCUUAAAUGGAAGAUUUUUGGAACCACCAAGACUCUUCCUAGAGCUGGCCGCCCAACCAAAGCUCCAGAGUUCCUCUGUGGAGAUGGGAGAACCUUCCAGAAGGACAACCAUCUCUGCAGCACUCCACCAAUCAGGCCUUUAUGGUAGAGUGGCCAGACAGAAGCUGCUCCUCAGUAAAAGGCACAUGACAGCCCGCUUGGAGUUUGCCAAAAGGCACCUAAAGACUCAGACCAUGAGAAACAAGAUUCUCUGGUCUGAUGAAACCAAGACUGAACUCUUUGGCCUGAAUGCCAAGCGUCACGUCUAGAGGAAACCUGGCACCAUCCCUACGGUGAAGCAUGGUGGUGGCAGCAUCAUGCUGUGUGGAUGUUUUUCAGCGGCAGGGAUUGGGAGACUAGUCAGGAUCGAGGGAAAGAUUAAUGGAGCAAAGUACAGAGAGAUCCUUGAUGAAAACCUGCUCUUGAGAGCUCAGGACCUCAGACUGGGGCGAAGGUUCACCUUCCAACAGGACAAACACCCUAAGCACACAGCCAAGACAAUGCAGGAGUGGCUUCGGGACAAGUUUCAAUGUCCUUGAGUGGCCCAGCCAGAGCCUGGAAUUUAACCCGAUCUAACAUCUCUGGAGAGACCUGAAAAUAGCUGUGCAGCGACGCUCUCCAUCCAACCUGACAAAGCUUGAGAGGAUAUGCAGAGAAGAAUAGAAACUCCCCAAAUACAGUUGUGCCAAGCUUGUAGCAUCAUACCCAAGAAGACUCUAGGCUGCCAAAGGUGCUUCAGCAAAGUACUGAGUAAAUGGUCUGAAAUACUUAUGUAAAUGUAAUAUUUCAGUUUUGAUUUAUUUUUAAUAAAUUAUGAAACAUUUCAAAACCCGUAUUUGCUUUGUCAUUAUGGGGUAUUGUAUGAGUGAGUGAUGAGGGAAAAAAACAAUUUAAUCAAUUUUAGAAUAAGGCUGUAACGUAACAAUGUGGAAAAAGUGAAGGGGUCUGAAUACUUUCCGAAUGCACUGAUGGAUGCAUACACACAGAGUAGAAUAUUGGACACCUAAUCCAAAGACAUUAAGAUUCCUAAGGGCUUUGACCAAAUAUACACUACCCACUGUAACUAACAUCUGAUUGUUCUGUUUACACCACUCAGGACUGGACAUCCUGCGUGUGAUCAACGAGCCCACAGCUGCAGCGAUGGCGUACGGGUUACACAAGGUGGAUGUGUUCAACGUGCUGGUGGUAGACCUGGGAGGAGGAACGCUGGACGUCUCUCUGCUCAACAAACAGGGGGGCAUGUUCCUCACCAGAGCCAUGGCAGGUAAGACUCUAAUCGACUCUCAACUCCUUAUCAUGUUGUAGAUACGCAUGGUUUAGUUGGUGUCAUUUUCAUUUAUCUUCUGGAAUUAAAUUGGGCAUACAGUACAAGUGGAACAUUUGCCAUAUUGUAGUUAAAGAGGACCAUUUCCAAUUGGCACAACUAAUUCAAACCAGACAGUACAUGAUAAUGACUUGAAAUUAACCUCAAUACAACACUAACAGAUAUUAUUCUUGGGCUCAGAGAAUUAUCCUUGCUGUUGUGUCCUCGUUUCCUAGGUAACAACAAGCUGGGGGGACAGGACUUCAGCCAGAGGCUGCUCCAGUACACCAUGGAGAGGGUCCACCUACAGUACGGCAUUCCCCCCACCCUCAAAGAGGACAUCCACCGCCUCCGCCAGGCAGUGGAGGCUGCCAAGCUUAACCUCACCCUGCAGCCCAGCGCCCACCUCAGGGUACCCCUGCACCUGGAGCCCCAAGGGGACCCCAAGCAACCACCACAGGGGCCCGCCAAGGACCCAAUCCCAGUCAUCUUCCAAGCAGUCAUCACCCGUGAGCUGUUUGAAGAGUUGAACGCCGACCUCUUCCAGAAGAUUCUGGCGCCUGUAGAGACAGUGCUGGCCGAGGGCCACCUGGGGAAGGAGGAAGUGGAUGAGAUAGUUCUGGUGGGAGGCUCCACCCGCAUCCCUAGGAUCAGGAAGCUGAUCAGUGAGUACUUUGGGAAGGAGCCCAACACCUCGGUGGACCCAGACUUGGCAGUGGUGACCGGGGUGGCCAUCCAGGCUGGCAUCAUGGGCGGCUCCUGGCCCCUACAGGUCAGCGCUAUAGAGAUCCCCAACAGACACCUCCGCAAGACCAACUUCAAUUGAUCUAGUCUAGAGGUAGCAAGGGACACAAGGAUGCCACCAGACAGAUACUUGCCAUAUUAAAGGAUGGUCUGCAUUUUUAACUGUUAAUUGUCCUUCUCCAUCUUCACCAGGUGUGCAAUAGUAUCAUGAGGUUAAAAUAUUAUCUUCUUCAGCUGUAAUAAUAGCCACUGGAAUAUAUUCACAGAGAAACUCAAAUUACACAAUCACUUUUGAACUGCCAUCCCAAUUUAUUAGACCAACUGUAGUAGGUUGAAAAUGGUGUUCAAUUCAUGGGAACAACCUUUAUUUCUAGAGAACUGUGACCAGCCAAGACAC